UAUAAUUUUAUUAAAGAUAUGAUAAAUAAGAAAAACAUGUUAAUGUAUUUAUAUAAACCAGAAAAAAUUGUCACCAAAAUUUUAAAUUGGAUAAGAUGAAGAAUAAUAGUAGUUUAUAUAAUUUCAAAUUUGUAAUAGUAUUUUAAAAAGUUACUUUUAUCUAGUUGUUAGUGUGCCCAUUUAAAAGGGUAUCACAACAUGGUUUGAGUUCCGGAAUGAACAUAUUUUUUAAAAAAAAAUAGAUAUAUAUAUAUAUAUAUGUAUAUAUAAACGACGUCUUCUUAUCUUGUUAACGGUUGACUAACUUCUGUUAGAGUCAAUGUAGAUUUAUGCACCUUUUAAGAAGUUCAGGUAGUUUUUCUUAAAUUAUACUUAAGUUGAGGCCGGUUUUGACACUACCCAUUUGUUCGGGUCCUAUUUGGCACGACUGAGAGUGUUGGGGUCGAAAUUGGCAUUUUUCCUCGUAUAUCAAAACGACGUCGUUUUAUCUUGUUAACGGUUGACUAACUUCUGUUAGAGUCAAUGUAGAUUUAAGCACGUUUUAAGAAGUUCGGGUAGUUUUUUCGAAUUAUAAUUGAGUUGAGGUCGUAUUUGGUACUUAUCAAUUGUUCGGGUCGUAUUUGGCACGACUGAAAUAGUUGGAGUCGAAAUUGACACUUUUCCCUUCGUUUAAUAUCCAAUAACUUUGCAGGCCAGGACAAAAUCAUUUUAAAUUGGGAUUAUAUUUUAGACAAAUAUCACAAAAUUAGACAACCCCAAUGUACUAAGUGGGGUUGCACCUCUUCUUAUUCUUCUUUGUUUUUAGUAGUACAUUUUUUUCACAUAUAUAAUCUCUAUAUAAAUCUUAACUUCUGUAUAGUCUUUCAUAAACUACAAAAAAAAAAAAUAUAUAUAUCCUUAACAUUUGCACCCAAAAAAACAAAGAUAUAUGGAUAACAAAAAUGAUUCAUCUAAAUCACUUACUGGACCACACUUUCUGUUCGUGACAUUUCCAGCACAAGGCCACAUCAACCCAUCUCUCGAGCUCGCCAAGCGCCUCGCCGGAACAAUAACCGGAGUUCGAGUCACCUUCGCAGCCACAGACUCCGCCUAUAACCGAUGUAUGCUCUCCAAAGAAAACGUCCCUGAAACAUUAGUCUUCGCCACGUACUCCGAAGCCCACAAAGACGACAUCAAAUCAUCUACUUCCACCGACAGAUCCCGCGAAUACAUGUCUGCUACGAGACGCCGUGGCAGAGAAACCCUAACCGAACUAAUCGAAGAUAACCGGCGUCAAAACCGGCCUUUUACCUGCGUGGUUUACACCAUCUUCCUCCCUUGGGUCGCUGAGCUGGCUCGUGAGUUUCACAUCCCUUCUGCUCUUCUCUGGGUCCAGCCGGUAACUGUCUUCUCCAUCUUCUACCACUACUUCAAUGGCUACGCAGAUGCAAUCUCAGAGAUAGCUACUAACGACCCUUCUGGUUCUAUUAAGCUACCCUCUCUGCCACAGUUCCGUCUCCGAGAUCUUCCCACAAUAAUCUUCCGUCCAGACGCAUAUUCAUUUCUUGUACCGGCGUAUCAAGAUCAGAUAGAUUCACUGAAGCAAGAGGAAAACCCUAAGAUCCUCGUGAAUAGUUUCCAAGAGCUUGAAGAAGAAGCUCUCAGCGCAGUACUUGAUAACUUCAUGAUUGUCCCCGUUGGUCCAUUGAUAACCACUAGGGCCGAUGACUCUGGGAUUGAUGAUAAAUACAAGCAGUGGUUGGAUGCAAAAACGGAUUCGUCUGUAAUUUAUAUUUCCUUCGGGACGCUUGCCGUGUUGAGCAAGAAACAGCUUGCAGAGGUCUGCAAGGCCUUGAUAGAGAGUCGGAGGCCGUUUCUGUGGGUGAUUGCGGAGAAGUCAUUCAGAAGUAAAGAAGAUGGGGAAGAGAAAGAAGAGGAGGGCAUAAAGAGUUUCAGAGAAGAGCUGGAUGAGAUAGGAAUGGUGGUUUCUUGGUGCAAUCAGUUUAGCGUUUUGAAGCAUAGAUCAAUAGGUUGUUUCGUGACGCAUUGCGGGUGGAACUCGACGCUGGAGAGCUUGGUCGCCGGAGUUCCGGUGGUUGCGUUUCCGCAGCGGAUUGAUCAGAUGACGAACGCCAAGCUUCUAGAAGAGUCUUGGAGGACAGGUGUGAGAGUGAUGGAAAAGAAGGAAGAUGAAGAAGUUGUGGUGGAGAGUGAGGAGAUACGGCGGUGCAUUGAGGAAGUGAUGGAGGAGAAGGCGGAGGAGUUUAGGAGAAACGCGGCGAGGUGGAGAGAUAUAGCGGACGAGGUGGUGAGAGAAGGAGGAUCUUCCUUUAAUCAUCUCAAAGCUUUUGUCGAUGAGCACAUGUGAGAUUCUAUCUUCAAGAAUUCAAUUCUGUGAUUUCCUUUUAGUUUCCAAAUUUAUUCUCGUCGGUUAUGUUUUAAAAUUUUCAGUUUCUUCUUGGGAUGAAAUGUAUUUUCCUGGGGUAAAAUGUUAAGAUUGGGAUGAAAUGUUUACACCAUAUGGUAUAAACUACUAUGGAUGUUUGAUUGUUGAUUUUAAAUAUGUUGAAACUUAAAUA